CAACGCUUCAUGCUCCACCGCACCGCCACGGGGCCAAAAAGGUCGAGGCACAUCAAGCCGUGUCUCGGCUGUUGCUACCCUUGGGAAUAGGUAUGUAUAUCAAGGACACUCCCAUGACAGUCUUCUCAGAAGUAGUCAUCACCACUAUCACCACAACAAUCCCCAACACAACCUACCAUCAGCAUGGCCGUCAACUAUACCGCCGUCGCGUGGACGCCGGUAGUCAUGCUGGGCAUUGCAAUCGUCCUUGGCGUUUAUGUUCUGGCCCGUCUCGCACUCGAUCUGUCCAUCCGACGCGGCUUGGUCAACUCGAAGAAGCAUCAAGAUGAUAUCGAAAGCGACGCUCCUUCCCACAACAGAUUUAGAAUAACAGCAACCCGGUCCGUUGCGCUGGCCGGAGUUAUCUGCUCGCUGCUUAGCAAUAUCCUCGAGCUGGUCAUUAUGUUUGACUACGUUGAUUAUUACGACCUGUCACAUUUGAAACGGUACACUGCGCUCAACUUCUUUAGCAUUGCCGGCGUGCUUUGUCUUUUCGUCACGGCUAUUCUCACCACGAAGGCCCUCGCAUCCCCAUCGAAGGGGCACUCGAUCUCCCGGAUUGUGUACACGAUUUUGCUUGUCUUGAUCGCUCUUUUCGCGCUGAUCGUUUUCAUCCUUCAGACCGUUAUUAAUUCGAUCAGAUAUUAUGGCUCUCGAGGAACAAACUACUUCAGCCUCGCUAGGGCUACCGCCAUUAUCGGCCAUACCUACUUCGGUUUGCUCGGUCUCACGACUCUUGUUAUCAGUAUUGGCUUGAUCAGACGAUGGACCCAGAUCCGUGGCGCUGAGGUUCCCACGGCCGAACGAUCUGCUCUCAAGAUGUUCACAAUUGCUGCCGUGCCCGUUCUGACAGCGAUUAUUGUCCUCGGCAUCGUCUACAGAGCCACCUUCAUGGGCGGGUUGUACUCGUACUACUCCUUGAACGCCCUUCAUGGGUAUCUCGCUUACCACUUCAUCUCAUUGAUUUUCAAUCUCUGGGGCAACAUCUUGGUAUUUGAGUUUGCGCGCAAGGCCGUGAAGAAGCUCUCUAUGAUCUGAAGAUCGAUGGGGCGAUGACGGGGAUGGGAAUGAGGUUACGAACUGCAUUUUUGGAUACCACCUGAUAGACUUGAUACCUCUUACUCUACAUACCUAAUUUACUUGGCUAGUUUCAAUGAUAAUAUCAUUCACUCUAACGAGCUGAAGUUGUUUGAAG